GCACCACACACCAUCCCCCAUCCCUGGCCUCUAGAGCCUGACUUGCUGCGGCUGGAGGAGCUAAGGGAGCUGAGCGUGGUGGGGAGGGGAGCGGGCCCCGCGACCCUGGAGACAGUUUCCGUGGCCUCUCCCCACCAGGCGGCCCUGGAUCACCAAAGGCAGCUCUAGUCCCUGCAUGCGAAUCUUUCUCCUCUUCUGUAGACUUCUUUGCAUCCCUCUCGCCUUUGCCCUCCCCACCCUGCCCUGGGCUCCGGAACGCUACUCUCUUCAGUCUGGGAUCAGCCCUUCUCGGCACCCCUCUUCGUUAAGGAAAUGCAAUGAGCCAGUGCCUUCGCAUCCUCAUCGCUGCCGCGGGCACGGUACCCGUCUGGUGGUGGGGAGGGAGCUCCCCACUGCCCCUUCGUGACACCCCUCCUUUGGGCCUCCCUCCAGCUGGCAUCCCUGGGCGAUGUCCCAGAGGACCUAGCCAGGAGGUGGGCUUUACAGUGAGGGUGCUGGAAAGGAUAAAGAACGGGGCCUUGGGCGCCUCUGAGAUGCUCCCAAGUACCGAGGGGGACCGAGCGAGGUAUGGGCAACCGGGCAGCAGGCAUGAUGCUCUCGCCUAGUGACUCCAGCCGCUCGCUCACCAGCCGGCCCAGUACCCGGGGCCUUACCCACCUCCGCCUCCACCGACCCUGGCUGCAGGCCCUGCUCACGUUGGGGCUAGCCCAGGUGCUCUUGGGCAUCCUGGUGGUAACCUUCAGCAUGGUGGCCUCCUCUGUCACCACCACCGAGAGCAUCAAGAGGUCCUGCCCGUCUUGGGCUGGGUUCUCGCUGGCGUUCUCCGGGUUGGUUGGCAUUGUGUCCUGGAAGCGUCCAUUCACUCUAGUGAUCUCCUUUUUCUCCUUGCUCUCGGUGCUCUGUGUCAUGCUCAGCAUGGCUGGCUCUGUUCUCUCCUGUAAGAAUGCCCAGCUGGCUCGGGACUUCCGAGAAUGUUCCAUGGAAGGCAAGGUCUGUGUGUGCUGCCCCCCUAUCCCUCUCCACAGGCCCUGUCCAGAGUGGGGCCAGGAACUGAAAGUUGCCCUUAACUCCACCUGUGACGAAGCCCGAGGGGCCCUCAAGGUGAACACGCCCUCCCCAGCCCCUUCCUCCUACACUAUCAUCCGGUUCUCCCUCCCCAUGGCCCCCCUCCUGGGGUUCCCAAAGGCUCACAUAUGUGGGGUCUGCCCCUCCCAGGCCGUGGACUCCUCUCCUUUAUCCUUCCUUCUCCAGAACCUGCUCUUCAGUGUCUGUGGGCUUACCAUUUGUGCUGCAAUAAUCUGUACCCUCUCCGCUAUUGUCUGCUGUGUCCAGAUCUUCUCCCUGGAUCUGGUGCAUAUGCAGCUGGCCCCUGAACGCUCAGUCUCGGGCCCCCUGGGGCCCCUGGCUUGUACCUCAUCGCCUCCAGCUCCUCUCCUCCACACCAUGCUGGACUUGGAGGAGUUUGUCCCACCUGUGCCCCCCCCACCCUACUACCCUCCAGAGUACACCUGCAGCUCAGAGACUGAUGCGCAAAGCAUCACAUACAACGGCUCCAUGGAUAGCCCAGUGCCCCUGUACCCUACUGAUUGCCCUCCCUCUUACGAGGCCGUCAUGGGGCUACGAAGAGACAGCCAGGCCACUCUGUUUGAUCCUCAGCUUCACGAUGGCUCCUGUGUCUGUGAGCGGGUGGCCUCCAUCGUAGAUGUGUCCAUGGACAGCGGGUCCCUGGUGUUGUCAGCCAUUGGCGACCUCCCUGGGGGCUCCAGCCCAUCAGAAGACUCUUGCCUGCUGGAACUCCAGGGCUCUGUGCGCUCUGUGGAUUAUGUGCUCUUCCGCUCCAUCCAGCGAAGCCGAGCAGGCUACUGCCUUAGCCUGGACUGCGGCCUGCGGGGCCCCUUUGAAGACAGCCCCUUGCCACGGCGACCCCCGCGGGCUGCCCGCUCCUAUUCCUGCUCAGCCCCUGAAGCCCCACCCCCACUGGGUGCCCCCACAGCCGCUCGCAGUUGCCACCGGUUGGAGGGCUGGCCUCCCUGGGUGGGGCCUUGCUUCCCCGAGCUGAGGCGGCGGGUCCCCAGAGGAGGCAGCCGCUCAGCUGCACCCCCUCCUGCCCGAGCCCCCACUCGACGCUUCAGCGAUAGCUCAGGUUCCCUCACCCCACCCGGGCACCGGCCUCCUCGCCGGACACCCCCUCCACCGCUGCUGCUGCCGAGGUCUCACAGCGACCCAGGCAUCACCACCUCCAGCGACACUGCUGACUUCAGGGACCUUUAUACCAAAGUGCUUGAGGAAGAAGCUGCCUCUAUCUCCUCUGCAGACACAGGGCUCUGCUCCGAAGCCUGCCUUUUCCGCCUAGCCCGCUGCCCUUCGCCCAAGUUGCUGCGUGCCCGCUCCGCUGAGAAACGCCGCCCAGUGCCCACCUUCCAGAAGGUUCCCCUGCCUUCAGGUCCUGCACCCGCCCACUCUCUAGGGGACCUGAAAGGAAGCUGGCCAGGCCGAGGCCUGGUCACUCGUUUCCUUCAGCUGUCCAGGAAGUCCCCAGAUCCCACAGGGACUGCAGCCCAUGGACAUAAGCAGGUGCGCAGGAGCCCAUGGGGACGACCAGGUCGGGAGAGCCUCCACCUUCGCAGCUGUGGUGAUUUGAGUUCUGGCGCCUCUCUAAGGCGACUCCUGUCUAGCCGCAGGCUGGAGCAUGGAGUACGCCCACACAGCCUCAGCCUCAAUGGAGGCAGCCGAGAGACCGGGCUCUGAUUGGGCUUGUACCAAAGAACAGAUCCAGAUGAAUGCUGCUGCCACAAGCCUCGGCUGGUCGGGACCUGCAGCCCUGUGUACUGGCUGGCUCAAAAGAAACCCGCUGCAUACCCUCACAAGGCGUUCCUUUCCUGCCUGCCUUUGGGGGCUCCUGCUGCUUGCCUCUGUCCCUCUGGAUGGGAGAGCUUCUGACCUGUGCUGCUUGGGUGUUCAAGCUGUGGGAGGAGACGCCCCCUGCUUCCAGCAUUGAUGGAGGGAAAUGAGUAAACUCCCCCCAGCAUGAGAGUGCCUCUUUCUGAUAUUUAAUGGCACUGUAUGGGGACAAACGGCUGAGUCUUUGAGACCAGGUUGAUUUGUGCCUUGCCCUGUGGUGAGGCAGGCAAGAAAAGACAGGAAUUUAGGUGGCUCUUGAGCUCCGCCGCCUCUAGCUGCAUGACCUCGGCCAAGUUACUUAACCUUAAUUGCCUGGCCUGUGAAACAUUGUGAACGUGAAUGUUUGUAACACUGAGUAAGCCUUCAAUAAAUUUCAGUUCCUCCCUUC